CAGCAGAGUCUUGAAGGACGCCUCACCGCAGUAUAUAUAACAGUUUUUCAACGAGUAAACGGCAAAAAUGUCGGCUUGAUAAAUAUUUUGGUCGGACGGUUAAAUGUAGUGUUUAAUAAUUGCGUUUGUUAUUUAAUGUCUAGUAUAGAAAUAAAAAUGAGUUCGUUGUCAAUAUUAGCGAGCCAUGAUGAGCUCGUACGGUGUACUAAUGUUCUCGUCAAUGGAUCUUGCGAAGAAGAAUUUUUGCAAUUCGCGUUAAACCAAGAAGAAACGCGUCAAAAAUGGCUGUCAGCAGUUGUAGAAUGCCAACGCUUGCACUGUGCAUUAGAAAAAUCUCGCCACGAGUCAACAGACCUGGAGCGCAAAUUAUCCCACGCUCGUCGUUUGCUGGACGAAGAAAAGCGCCGCCGACGAGCCGCAGAGGAGCAAAGAAAUUCUUUAGAGCGUCAAAUUGCAAUGGUGAGAGAUUUACUUUUCAACGACGGGGGUAGAAAUUUAAACGACGAGACUCGCGAAAAAUUGCAAUUUUUGAACAACACAACUUUGACCAACGGGCGGCACAGCGGGACUACCAAUUCUAAGGACUACCACAACGACAAGCUGAACACAAUUGCUGAGCUGGACUCUACAGGGUCUAUUUUAAGCGACCUGAGCUGCUACUCAAAGUCAGAAGAUGAUUUGGACGCAAGCAUGCUAUUGAACCAGAAUUAUAAUAAGCGGGACUGGAAAGAGCACAGACCCAGUGGAGAGUAUCUAAACGGAAGGAAGAGGAAGAGCACGGUUAAUAAAGUCGUCGAUUUAAAUAAUUCUGACAGAAUUAUUGCGACUACUACUGUGGUGGUGCCCAAAGAAGGAGCAGUCACUGCUUCUUCAGUGAUCGAAGCGAUCACUGGAGACGAGAACCGAGACCCGAAUGAGCUUCAGAGGUCAAGAAAGAGGCGCAAGAGUGUCGAUCGCAAGUCCAAGAAGGAUUUUUAUGACGCUGAUGAUGACACUAAGCCUUCAGCGCCCUUGGCGGAUAAUUUCACCUCCGGGAGUGAUAAUGAAAAUGUUUUUAAACCCAGUCCUAAUAUUGGAGGGUAUACUUUUAAUACUAAGUCGAUGAGGGCUCAUAGUUUUGCAGGGAAGACUGUUAUUAAGUCUGAGGUAUGCUCGCCUUGUGGCAACAGGAUCAAGUUUGGAAAAUUGGCGCUCAAGUGAUUAUACCGUGUCAACGGUGGAGCUAGCGAUGUAAAAUGUUUAAAAGAAAAAUUCUUGAAGAACAAAGGAGUUCCUAACUUAUCAGAAAUAGAAGUUGCAACUAUUUGUUCUACUCUCAAAGACUUUUUAAGGUCAUUGCGUGAGCCACUGAUAACAGUGGGUCUCUGGGCGGACUUUGUCCGCGCGACAACAAUAUCAGACAAGCAGGAUGCAGACGCAGCGCUGUACCAAGCAAUCUCCGAGCUUCCACAGCCGAACCGUGACACCCUAGCCUUCUUAGUACUCCACCUGCAGCGCGUGUCAUCCACACCGGAGUGCAAAAUGCCGAUCAGCAACUUGGCCAAGGUGUUUGGACCUACCUUAGUUGGCUACAGCUCCCAGGAGCCAUCUGCGUCGUCAAUGCUCUCGGAAACGAAGACCCAGGCUGCGAUUGUUGAGAGCUUGUUAAAAAUUCCCUCAGACUACUGGGCGAAUUUCGUAAACCCCGACUGUAUCAACGACAUCGGGACUCCCCAAGCCGGGGAACUCAAGCACACACCUUCCACAGAGUCUCUGUUGAAGCGCACCGCCACUAGAGGGUUCUUCAACACUCCUCUGGCUUCCAGUCGGACAUUCUUGAGGAAAAAUAGAAAAUAUUUUGCCACACCGCCUCAUAAUAAUAACAUUUAA